AUGGUAUUGAUGAAGAGGAAGCACGAGGAGCUCGAGAUCAGGAAAAGUGUCUAUGGCGAUGGAAACAAGUGGUUCAGAGGGUCCAUCAUCAGAAAAUCAAGCAGCGGACCGGUUUAUUUGGUGACUUUGAAGAAACCCAGGUGGAGACUCACCCACUUGCCUGUACUAAUGGCAGUCAAGUCCGCUGAGGUUUCUGAUUCAGCUUUGCUUCAGAGGGAAACACUUGUUCUUAGGAACUUCCAUGCUUGUCCCUACAUCUAUCGUUGCUUUGGGGAAGAGGUUUUCACCAGUGAUCGCAAUCGGAUGGUAUAUAAUCUUCUGUUGGAGUAUGGUCCUGGUGGAACCCUAGCUGAUGUGAUCAAGAAAACUGGUGGCAACGGAUUUCCUGAAUCUGAUGUUAGGCGCUACACAAGGUAUAUUCUUGAAGGUCUUGAUUGUGUUCAUAGCGCUGGUUAUGUUCACCGUGCUCUAAAGCCUGAGAAUAUCAUCAUUGUUCCGAUCAUUACUAGUUCUGGCACUGAAUAUAUCGCAAAGAUUGGUGAUUUUGGGUUGGCAAAGAAAUCAAAGCAAGCGAGGAAGAUAUUGACAAUGCCAAAAUCUUAUAAACUGAGAGGAAGUCUCCAGUAUUCGUUGCCGGAGACCGUGGUUGAUAAAGGGCUACAACAAGAGCCUCCCUCUGAUGUUUGGGCUCUUGGGUUGAUUGUGUUUGAGAUGUCAACUGGGAAGUCUGUGUGGGAUGGGAAACAAGAUUCAGAAGUUGAGGACAUUCUCUCUGAGAUUGGUAAAGGGCACGGAGUGCUCAAACUACCUGGUGAGACUGAGGUAUCAGAGGAGGCAAUGGACUUUUUGAAGGGUUGUUUUGCUGGGAAAGCUACGGAUAGAUUGACUGCUCAGAUGCUCUUGGAUCUCCCUUUUGUGGCCGGAUUGGGCAAGGAUAGCGGAGAGGAUGAAGAAGAAUUAUCUGUGGAGGAUUCUGAGGAGAAGGAUUGCUCGCCAUCGUUGUCAUACCACGAGACUGAUGAUGAACUCAGUUCAUAUUGUCACGCCCCGACAACUUAUGUGACACAAGGAGCAGUGAUCAAAAAACCAAAGGUGGAUGGAGAGACAGCUAGGGUUUGCUCAUCCUCGUCAUAUGAUGCAGUAGAUGAUGCUGGACUCAGUUCUUUCUUUUCGGAUCAUUGGAGCAACAUGCCAUUGGAGGCUGAGGAAUUGGAGGAAAUUGCAGAGAAUGGGAGCGUUUAUUUGACAUUGAUCAAUGAUAUAGCCAUCUUGAACUCACCUGGUAAGUUUAACACUAAAGACAUGUCACGUCAAUGGAAUUUUCAUCCCUGA